AUUUGUUAAACUACACAACGUCAUGGCCCGUAAAUAAUUGGGCCUAAAAUAAUUUAAUUCUCGGCCCAUUAAGUUGUAAUGGUAACGGAGGCUUUUCAAACGCACAGAAUCGGAAGAAAUCCCACAGAUGAAAAUCGAUUAAUCUUCUCAAGCCGAUGAAUUCAUCAUCGUUGACGUAUCAGUUAUCUUCGCAAAUCAAAAUCUCUAUGGAGGAAACAAAAUCCCAAGUAUAUCGAUGGAGGAGAAGCUCAAAUCCAAAGACCGUGACGGCUUACGGAUCCAGUGUUGAUUUUGACUCUGGCGAUUGAAUUUAAGCGUCUGAUGUGUUUGCUAAUUGCGCGAUUAUUGGAUUGGAUCAUUGAGAAAAAAAGUUUCAAAAUCAACAAAAAUUGUUCUGUCUCAUACUGUUGCGGAGACUCUGGAUUCUUUUCUACUUCUUCAUCAGCUCGAAACCAAAGUAAGACAAUUCAGUGUUCUCUGUUUUUCAGAAUUUGGUGAUUUGAAGAAUUAGAGGGUACAAAGUCGAAUUCAAUUUCGUGAUCUUAUAGUUUCAGUGUUCUUUGGUUUUUAAAAACGUUACGCAUCUAGAAGCAUGACUCUGGUACUGUGUGGAAAUCUUCAGAACAAGAUACUGAACUUUUUUUUACUUCCUAAAAUGUUGUUGCUCAUGAUAUUCUCGACCUGGUUGGCUCUACUGCUUCUAGGUGUGAGCUGAAGUGUCUUUUCUUUUCGAGUACUAUAUCAUUGACGGAUUUCUUGCUAUCUUUAUGGAAAUGUGGCCUUGUUCUUGAUUGCACUAAUGACUCCUAAUUGGAUAUUUUGCUCUUUUGAUUUCGAAAUCCUUAGGUGUAAUGAAGGUCAAAAGCUAACCGGGAUGAGAUUUUACCUUAGGCCGCUAUGUUUGCGGCACAAGACAUUGCGGCGAUGCAAGACCAAGAACCCUAAGUCUCCGACUCAAUCUUCUCUGAAGAAUGGCGACGACUGAAGAGAACCUCGAAUUGCUGCAAGAGAUCGAUCAUCGUAUUGAAGAAAUUGUUUUGACCGUGCCUUGCAGUGCGUGGAACGAGAAUAGGUCCUCUCAGAUUCUCGAUGCCUUACUAUUUAUUGUCAAGAGAACAUUUGAGCCGAGGAUUCAGAUAAUUCUCAAGCCAGCCUGGCCAGUGGAGAAUUUUGACUUUUGCCGAUUCCAUUGGGCCUCUGAUCGUUUUGAAGAAUUACUGGAACCUGCAGAAGAAGAACCGAGAUUUUUGCUUCCAAGGCAGAGGAAAGGCUUUGUAGUUUUCUUCAACAAUCUUGAAGACUCUACACGUGCACGAAAUUGUAUAAAAAGGCUAGUGGAUCCUGCACCAACAGGAGUUAUUGAAGAGCAAAGAGCAGCAAUAGGUGAGUACGUAGAGAGACGCGGACCCAUGCAAGAAGAUGAGCAAAGAGGCCGUGUAGUUGCUGGUAGAAAUCCUCCUAGCGUCAACGAUGGUAUCCCGACAGAUAGACUCGGACCCAGUGGAGUUGCUAGUGGAACUCUUAAUCCAAGCGCUCACACUAUUAGUUUCUUGCAUGACGAAGAGCAGGGAGGCAGUGGACCUUCUAAUGGUACCUUUGAUCAGCAUGUUUACCUCCAGAAUUCAAGAGUUAUAAUGGCGAUGAUUGCGGUUCUGCUUGCUACCAUCGUGCUAACUGUUGGACUCAACCCGCCAUCAACCAUCGAUACGAUUUCCGUCAAAAUCAUCUUUCAGAUUACCUUUUGGAUUGCGGCGGUAUUCUCCUUGGCAGCCUUAUUUAUUCUAGGUAUGGUCACGCCUACGUCGUUUGACAUGCAAGUACACAGAUUCCGAUGUGCCUUCGUAUCAAUAUCAGUUGGUCUGAUAUGCGUCGUGGUGGCAUUUGUCGCAAGCACGGUAUCCAUGACAUCAAAUCUGUUCGCUAGGAUAGUGGGGGGCCUCAUUGGUGCGAUUGGGAUCGUCGUUUUCUCUUACUUCACCUCGAUAACAGUUCGAGACUUCAUCUACACAAAAACAGGAUUUCGUUUGACGCAACAUGCAGAUAAUAAACCUUAUGCGCUCACCUGUUUUUCGGUUUAGGUUUACACCAAAUUAAUAUACAACAGAAUAAACUUUGUGGUUUGGUGUUUGACAUGAGAUAUUUUGUAUAAAGACAUAGAUUUAUUAGUAUU